AUGGAGGGGUUGAUGAAGAAAGAAGCUUGUGUUUCAAAAACUACUUCAUCACCACUAUCCGUGCACAAGGAUUCACAAACAAUAUCGAAAGCCAAGCCCAAGAUUCGCAUAAUUCACAUAUUUGCACCGGAGAUCAUCAAGACAGACGUAGCUAAUUUCCGGGAACUGGUGCAAAGACUCACCGGAAAGCCCACAGAAAACAGCAGCACCAAGAAGAAAACAAAGCAUACAAGAAAAGAAGAGCCAAUUAGAACUUUGCCUCACAAGCCAGUGGCCAAGAAAAUGGAACUGCGUUCUGGGUUUCAUUUUCCUCAGUUUAGAGAGAGAAUCAAAGGAGAAGAAGAGAUAUGGGGUGGUGCAAAUUCAGGUGGUGGAUUCUUAGGAGGGUUUGCAGAUUUAGAUGGUUUCAUGCAAGAGUUUAAUGGGUUUCCAUUGCUUCCUUUGGAUUCUUCUCACAUGGAAACCUAUGGAGAGUCUCAGCUUGCCUAG